AUGUCGCCUGCCGUCACUGCUACCAACACGCCGCACCAGCCCUCGAAAGACGAGAUCAAGGCCGACGAUGCAAUCCUCGACAUCGAGCCGGUGCAGCACCACCGCAGGGCGACGCAGUACACGACCCGGGCCGUCUUCGAUAUGAUCCAGACCGGCGCCAUUGCCGACGUUGCGCCCGACCCGCGUCGAGGGCCACGCUGGUCGGCGCGCCAGCAGUCCGGCUUCCUCGACUCGAUCCUGCGGCGUUGCUAUGUCCCGCCCCUCCUCUUUUCCGUCUUUAGCAACAGCGGCGUCGAUACCCUCUACUGCAUCGACGGCAAGCAGAGGCUGACGACGCUCCACGACUUCAUGGCCAACAAGCUGGCGUUCCAAGGCGCGCACCUCGCCCCCCCCUCACCGACCCGACUCGGCCCGGUUCCGGCCGCAGAGCUUGAGCCUGACGACGGCGUGGUCCUUCCCCCUCCACCCGUCGACGCGACAGAGCCCGAGACGGACCGCAAAUUCUGGUUCAAGGAGAGCAUCAGGGACGGCAAGACGCCCGCACUCUCGCAGCUGCAGCGCGAACGGUUCGAAGCGGAGCCUCUUAUCUGCGUCGAGCAGAGCGGGCUCACGCCAGACGACGAGCAAGACCUCUACUGGCGCGUCCAGCGCGGCCUUGUCCCCAACGCCGCGGAAAAGCUCUCCGAACACCUGGGACCGUGGCCCGACUUUAUCCGCCAGCUCGCCGCGCACUACGUCAAGGCGGGUCUUCAGGUCGACGCCAGAGGCCAGCGGCUCAUCGACGUCUCGGAGGGCAACGACUUCCUGUUUGCGGCCCAGGUGGCGCUGGUCAUCCUCCACGCGCAGGUCCGGGCGUCGUCCGUAUCGGUGUCCUCGACCUCUCCUCUGCUGGCUAGCGCGGGCCUCACGCCCACCUCGCUGCGCCUGCUCCAGGACCCCAACUUCCUGCCCGUCGCACCGGCGAUUGCGGAUUUCUUCAAGGCCAACCUCGGUGUGGCGCCCGGUCCGGGUGUGGGGCCGAAGAUCAAGGCCACGUUCGAGACGUACGUCGCGCUGGCCAAGGAUCGCGUCUACGGCGGCUGCCUCGCGCCGAGCAGCAACCCGCGAGAGCUCAACAGGCAGCGUCCUCUGGCGCCCAUCGAGCUGGUCCACGUCGGCCUGCUCAUCUCCUACUUUCCCAAGGCCGAGGUAUCGCAGCUUUACCAAGCCGUCAAGCAGAUGACGGCCCCGAACCGUCCGAGGCCGCCCGCGUCGGACGCGCUCAGGCUCGGCUUCACCUCGACAGCCGCCGCGGAUCUGAGAAACUUUGUCACGAACCUCAAGCUACCCAACCCGAUCAACCCGCGGACCGAGCCCGAUCGACGGCGCCAGCAUGACGAUUCGGGCUCGAGCAGGGAGAGGAACCCUUACGGCGCGGCGUGGUCCGGUAGCGCGAGCCCGAGCACACGCCAGAGGCCGUACGAGGGCGGCAGCCCCUACUAUUGGCGACGAGGCUAG